GCUUUCAGAACACCAGCUUUGCAAACCACUUGGAAACCUGCCCCGGGUGGCCGAGGGCUGAAUUGCGCCCUGUUGCCUCUCCUGCAUGGCAAAUCCAUUUAGCUGUUUAGUAAAUUUUUGCAAGCUUGCUGGCUGGGGAAUUCUGGGAGUGGAAGUCCCCCAAGCCUUACUCCUUGGGAGACCUCCCCCCCGCACGCUAGGAAUUUGGGGAGGGAGGGGAGAGCGUGGUACUAACCUCCCUUUGGCCUCUUCCCUUUCCCCGCAGCUCAGCUUUCCCAAUGCCACCCUCGCCCCUCGAAGAGCGGAUCGGGGUGCUGCAGAGGCCCAAGACUUUAGCCCUACGCCUCACCCACACCUUCGUCACCCAAGGCGGUGGCGGGGAGAAGCCCCUCUCCCCCUCCGCCGUCGGCCAGGACCCCUGCGAAAGCCUCCGCCGGAGCAGCAUCCUCCUCCCUGGCCAUUCUCACACCCUUGACCUCAAGCCUCAGGGACGAGGGCCCGAGCGUGGCUCAGCCUGGCCGCCGCCGGACCCUACGCAGGGCGAGAAGAAAGCACCGCUGACCCCACAGCUGAAGGCGCUCCUGACUGAGGCCAACCUCAAGAAGCGGGGGGGCCUCAAGGAGAACGCCGACCCUUCGGUGGAUGCUUCCCCCAGCUCCACGCUCUCCAGCCCCGCCACCACCAUGCACCCCUUGAAAUGCGGCUGCUGGGGCUGCUGGCGGCUGAUGCGCUGCGAAGACGCCGGGGCCAAGUCCGGCCUGCGCUCCCUGGGCUGCUUCUCCAGCCGGUCCAGCCUGCGUUCCCUGGGCUGCCCGGCCUGCAGUCCGCAGGCCGUGAAGAAGCUGGGGUGCUUCUCCUGCGGCCCCGUGGCUUUGCGCUCCCUGGCCUGCCUGGCGUGCAACCUCUCGGUCAAGUCGGUCAGCUCCUCCUCCAGCUUCUGCAGCAGUGACCCCAUCGUGGCCUACGACCCCCGGCUGGGGUCCUCGCCGGCGCCCAGCUGCUACGGCGGGGACGAGGAAGAGGAGGAGGAGGAGGAAGGAGGGGACAACUACACCAGCCACAACGCCUGGCCCGACGAGCUGGCUAAGAAGAUAGGCCCGACGACGCCGUGGGUCCAGCCGCAAUCCUCUCCCUUGAUCCUGGACUGCCGCAACCUGGUGGAGUUCACCAAGGCUCAGCUGCAGGGAGCCAUGCGCUUCGGAGUCGCCGACGCGCCGGGACGGCGGCGGUUCCAGCAAGGGAAACUGGCUGUGCUGGACUUCCUGUCGUCCAGGGGCACCUGUGAUGGGCGGGACUCUUCCUCGCGGCAGUGUCUGUGGUCCAAGGAAGGGUCUGGCUGCAGGGGGGUCCUGGAAUCUCCACCGGCUAGCCCCCCCAAGCUGCCCAAGGCAGCCCCGCCUACGCAGAACCUGCACCUGGUCCUGGAUUUGGUGCCCAAAGUGGAGCAAGGACUUGGGAAGAGAGGCAGUCCGAUCGGGUUGGAUGCUCCGGAGAUCUCGGACGAGGUGGGCUCCCCGCUGACCCCCGACUUGGAGAACGCCGAACUGAGCCCCAUCCUCCCCUUCCUCUACCUGGGCAAUGAGAGGGACGCCCAGAACCUGGAGAUCUUGCUCCAUCUCAACGUGGGCCAUGUUCUCAACGUCACAACCCACCUGCCUCUCUACCACGCCGAGAGCGGGCGCCUCCGUUACAAGCGCUUACCGGCCACCGACAACAACCGACAGGACCUGCGGCAAUAUUUUGAGGAGGCGUUUGAGUUCAUCGAGGAGGCCCACCAGAGUGGCAAGGGAGUCCUUGUCCACUGCCAGGCCGGCGUCUCACGCUCAGCCACCAUCGUCAUCGCCUACCUGAUGAAGCACACCUUGAUGACCAUGGGCGACGCCUACAAGUACGUCAAGGGCCGCCGGCCCGUCAUCUCGCCCAACCUGAACUUCAUGGGGCAACUUUUGCAGUUCGAAACGGACCUCAACGCCGGCGUCACGCCCCGCAUCCUCACCCCCAAGCUGGCUGGCGUGGAGACGGAGGUGUGAACUGGGAUGGAGCACCACCGGGUGAUCUCCGUCAACUCUCAGGGCUAGGGAAAAACAAAAGGGGGAGGGGCGUGCAAUAAGGGGUUUGGGAGGCAGCAGGAGGAUUGCAGGCCCCCACUCCCCAAGACGGUCAAAGCGGCAAGACGACUGCCAAAUCCAGAACCU